GUAUCGCUUGCACACUUCAAGUAAAGAACCGUGUUAUUUCGCGUUCUCCGCACAUGAGCCACUCUGAACAGGGUUCAUGAACUUCGAAUGCAGUUUCAAUAGCUGCGAUCAAUGGGAACUUGUCUCAUUUCAACGUUCUCAUCACCGCAGCCGAUUCCAUUUGCGAUAGUUUCAUUGGUUUGCUUGAUCGCUUCCGAGAUCUCAAAACUGUAUCCGCUCGUUUGUACGAUGCCUAGGAUGGUUUUUUGGCAAUACAUGCUCAUUAACGUUCAUUGCUUGUUUGUUGUUGGUACUUACCACACAAAUUACGAUACCCCCAGGGCGUGGGAACUUCAUACAGGAGGGAAGGGUCUGGGACGGUCUUCACGGCGCAAGGUAGCCCCAUAUCUCCUCAUCGUGCGGACUUGCAAAAUACUAACGUGACUGCGGCACAUCAGCAGAACUUUAGAACAGAAUGAAGUGUGUGAAAUUGGUAUGAUACGUGAUACUUAGACUUGGGUUUGAACCACAGAUGUCAAUCUGACCC